GAGGUCAACUCGGGCCAUACAAAUAACCGAAGUCCAGCAACUCCCAUAACCCACCGACGGAUUAAAAGAGUUAACACGCCUCAUGUUGAUUUUAUCCCACUACACCAAUCUUCAAUAUUCAAAGACAAUAAAUUUCUAGCGAAAGGAAGAUUACCCUUUUUGUUUUUUGGGUUGGAAUUUUGAGUUGCAAGGUUUUUGGUCGUGCUGGGCGCAUUAUCUGGCUAAUGGGUUGGAAAUAUCACGCUGGGUUAGGAUUGAUUGGCGCGGUUGUGUUCAUAUGGGUUGCUUCGGCUGAGAUUACCCAGAGAAUUUUCACGGAGUAUAAACAGCCGUUUGCAAUAACUUAUCUUGGUGUGUCCCUAAUGGUCGUUUAUCUGCCCAUAGCAAUUUUGAAAAAUUGGAUUUGCAGCUUCCUGAACAAGGAUUUACUCAAACUUUGCAACAAUGACUCUAUCAUGAGUUCUUCAAGUGACCUUGAUGUUCCCCUUAGAAUAAAUGAGUUGCAGCAAGGCCCAACUUCUGACAAGGAUCUGAGGGAAAGAGAAGAAGGGCAGCCUUUCAACUCCAGAAAUGAGGAAGAUGAGCCUCAGUUGCUUGAAUAUGACGUUGAACCCAAUUCCUGGGAAAUUGCCAAGUGCAGUUUUUAUCUUGCUCCCAUAUGGUUUACAACAGAGUUUUUUUCAAACUCUGCUUUGGCAAAUACUAGUGUUGCAAGUACAACUGUCCUGACUUCUACAUCAGGACUCUUUACACUUUUCUUCGGAGCUCUUCUUGGCCAUGACUCCAUCAAUUUUGGCAAGGUGGUUGCUGUUUUUAUCAGCAUGGCUGGUGUUGCAAUGACUGCUUUUGGAAAAACUUGGGCAUCAGAUGAAAUGCUGAACAUCUCCGAGAGUAGACAGCAUUCCAUCAUGGGGGACAUUUUUGGUCUUAUUUCAGCAAUGACAUCUGGCUUAUUUACAGUGCUCCUGAAGAAAUCUGCUGGAUCUGGAGACAAGGUUGAUGUGCAGAAGUUCUUUGGAUACAUAGGUCUCUUCGCUCUUUUUGGCCUUUGGUGGCUUGCAUGGCCAUUGAGUACCAUAGGGAUUGAACCUCCGUUCAGAUUUCCACAUUCAGCUUCUGUAGGUGAAGUUGUGCUGUUUAAUGGGGUUGUGGGAAGUGUCUUCUCAGACUACAUUUGGGCUGUUUCUGUGGUUUGGACAACUCCGUUGGUUGCAACACUGGGUGUAUCGUUGACAAUACCCCUUGCAAUGUUAGCCGAUAUGGUUUUACAUGGCCGUCACUACUCAGCAACCUACAUCUUUGGUUGCAUUCAAGUUUUUGCAGGUUUCGUUAUAGCGAAUAUAUCGGACAAGCUUUGAGUUAAGAAAGUGAAAGUUGGUAGGUAUUGUAGAAUGAAUAGAGAAGUGAAAUUGGGAACCAUGUAGACUCUCCCUUGUGUUGUAUCUCACCAGGCAAUGGAAAAUGUGACUG